AGUCCCCCGUCCCCAUCCACUUCCCCCUGGCCCCACCCCACCGCGGCCGAGGCAGUUGUCACUCAGGAAGAAGGCGUCCCGAGAUUGGCGAAACGGGUGGGAAAAGGGCGGGCAGGAGGGAGGGGACAAAAGAAAGGGAGAGAAAAAGGACACGUGGUACAGAAGCCGCGGCAGCGUGCGGAGAUUUCAAGCUUUGGAUACAAUCUUUUCUUCUCAAGCUUGGACACAAAUCAUUCAUUGAGUCAGAAAAUGCCUAUCCUCACUGAACUUUUUAAUCAUAUUGAUAAACACCAGGAUCAAUACAUAAAGAAACUUGCAGAAUGGGUGGCAAUCCAGAGUGUUUCUGCAUGGCCAGAGAAAAGAAAUGAAAUCAAGCACAUGAUGGAAGUUGCAGCUGCAAACAUAAAACAACUAGGUGGCACAACUGAGCUGAUAGACAUUGGGAAACAAAAGCUUCAUGAUGGCUCAGAAAUACCUCUUCCUCCUAUUUUACUUGGCAAAUUGGGGUCAGAUCCCCAAAAGAAGACUGUGUGUGUCUAUGGUCACCUGGAUGUACAACCAGCAGCCCUUGAGGAUGGUUGGGACAGUGAGCCCUUCACAUUGGUAGAAAGAGAUGGAAAGCUGUAUGGAAGAGGUGCAACUGAUGACAAGGGACCAGUACUUGGCUGGCUAAAUGCCCUUGAAGCUUUCCAACAAAUAAAUCAGGAUAUCCCAGUCAAUGUCAAAUUUUGUCUAGAAGGAAUGGAGGAAUCUGGUUCUGAAGGCCUGGAUGACUUGAUUUUCUCCAAAAAAGACACUUUCUUCAAAGAUGUGGAUUAUGUUUGUAUCUCUGACAACUACUGGUUAGGAAAAAAGAAGCCCUGUAUUACGUAUGGCCUCAGAGGAAUUUGCUACUUUUUUAUAGAGGUGGAAUCCUCUGACAAAGAUCUUCAUUCUGGUGUGUAUGGUGGUUCGGUGCAUGAAGCCAUGUCAGAUCUCAUUGCUCUGAUGGGCUGCUUGACAGACAAAAAGGGACGCAUUCUCAUCCCUGGUAUUAAUGAAGCAGUGGCUCCUGUUACUGAUGAGGAACUUUUGCUGUAUGAAAAGAUUGAUUUCGAUUUGGAGGAAUAUGCAAAAGAUGUUGGAGCAAGGACACUUCUACAUGAUUCAAAGGAAAAAAUCUUAAUGCACAGAUGGAGAUUCCCAUCCCUCUCUCUCCAUGGAAUUGAAGGAGCCUUCUCUGGAACAGGAGCUAAAACUGUGAUUCCUAGGAAAGUGACUGGGAAGUUCUCGAUAAGAUUGGUGCCAAAUAUGGUACCUGAGGUUGUCGAAGCACAGGUUAUAAGUUACUUGAAUGCAAAGUUUACUGAAUUGAAGAGCCCUAACAAGUUCAAGGCAUACAUGGGCCAUGGUGGAAAACCCUGGGUGUCCGACUUCAAUCAUCCUCAUUACUUGGCUGGGAGAAAAGCCUUGAAAAGAGUUUUUGGUGUUGAACCAGACUUGACCAGAGAAGGAGGCAGUAUUCCUGUGACUUUGACCUUCCAGGAGGCCACAGGUAAAAAUGUAAUGCUGCUGCCUGUUGGAGCCGCAGAUGAUGGUGCUCAUUCACAGAAUGAAAAACUCAACAGGUAUAAUUAUAUAGAAGGGACCAAAAUGCUGGGUGCAUACCUAUAUGAAGUGUCUCAACUGAACUGAGCUACAUACUUUAUUCCCCACUUUGAAGAAUGAUAUUGAAAGUUGGUUAAUCUAGUCAUUGGGCCGUUUUUCAUUAGGAAGCCUCUUAUUUUUCUUUUUUCCUUCCAUAAAAAUAAGCAGCAACAAAAGCUUUGAAUAUCUGCACUACUAUAGAUACUAUGCUCACUCCUCUAUUUUAUAAAAAUGGAACCACUUGGAGACACAAGGCUGUCAAAUAUUUAUAUUUGAUCCCCAAGCUCUGACAAAGGAUUCUGAAUUUACAUGUUAUUAUCUUAUCUGGGCUGUUUCUGAAGUUGCUACAAAAUCACUUUUUUUUUUUUCAAAUGAAUAUUCCAUCAAAAACAAGUUCUUAACCUCUUUUGCAUCAUGGAUUUUUUGAGCAAUCUGGUGAAGAAAAGUAGUGUUUUGUUUCCUACAGUCAUAACUGAAGGAAAUGAUAAAUCUCAGUUAGAGGUUAGUGAAAAAAUAAGAUUUUUCCCCCCAUACAAAUUCACAGAUUCUCUGAAAUCUAAUUUUGAGCCACAACUUAAAAAUUCCCAAUCUAAAAAAAUUGUCCGCUCAAAGAAGUGUUAUUUAAUUGGUAAGUUAUCUUCAAUAAUAGUACUUGAUAUUUUGAAGAGUAGGCUGUUGUAUACUUAUUCCUUGUUCAUGUCAUCUUUUUUUUUAAACUGACUCACCUAAUGUAUCUUUAAAUAGGGAAAAUAUUGAAGGUUAUGAAUGAAAUGAAGAUGGUCACUUUGGCUUUUGUUAACAUCUCAUUCUCUAAGGCACUGCACUGUGUCAUUAAUUCUCCUACAAGAUUUUGGCAACUGGAUUUUCCUGUCCUUAGAAAAUGCACAAACUCUGUUGAACUUAACUAGGACAAUUUCUUUCAUGUAUAUGCUGCUAAAUAAAAAUUUUAAAUGAAGCCUCA